GACAGGACCACGGAAGAGUGGACACGGGGAUGGAAAAAGGGAGGAAAGGGAGCAGGUUCGGCGCCCGGGAGGGCGUGAGCGCCCGCAGCCCGUCGCGCGUGCACGCAGCUGGUUACAGAAUAAAUGCCACAUGAAAAACAGUUUGAUCUGCCAUGGAAAAACGUGAGACAUUUGUACAAGCAGUGUCUAAGGAGCUGAUUGGAGAAUUUUUGCAAUUCAUUCAACUUGAUAAAGAUGCUUCUGACCCUUUCAACUUAAGUGAAUUGCUAGAUGAAUUGUCAAGGAAACAGAAAGAAGAGCUGUGGCAAAGACUCAAGAAUUUAUUAACAGAUGUGUUGGUGGAGAGCCCGGUGGACGGGUGGCAGCCAGUGGAAGCCCCUGGUGAAGGCAGUAUGGAAACAGAGCAGGGGUCAAAAAUGAAAAAAAACAUAGAAAUAAUUCAUGCAAUUACAUCUGUGAUUCUUGCUUCUGUGUCUGUUAUAAAUGAAAGUGAGAAUUAUGAAGCCUUACUGGAGUGUGCUGUUAUAUUAAAUGGUAUUUUGUACGCGCUACCUGAGUCUGAACGAGAGCUACAGGGCUCCAUCCAGGAUCUGUGUGUGAUGUGGUGGGAGAGAGGCCUUCCUGCCAAGGAGGACAUGGGGAAGACUGCUUUCGUCAUGCUGCUGAGGAGAAGUCUCAAGACGAAAACAGGUGCAGACAUCUGUCGGCUAUGGCGUAUCCAUCAAGCUUUAUAUUGCUUUGAUUAUGAUUUGGAGGAAAGUAGAGAAAUUAAAGACAUGCUGCUCGAGUGCUUCAUAAAUGUUCAUUAUAUCAGAAAAGAAGAGGGAAGAAGAUUUCUUAGUUCUCUCUUCAACUGGAAUAUAAAUUUCAUUAAAAUGAUCCAUGGGACCAUUAAAAACCAGUUACAAGGAUUACAAAAAUCUUUGAUGGUACACAUUGCAGAAGUUUAUUUCAGAGCUUGGAAAAAGGCUUCAGGGAAAAUAUUAGAGGCCAUCGAAAAUGGCUGCAUCCAGGACUUCUUGUACCAUGGGGUCCACCUUCCUCGGAAGUCUCCAGUGCACACCAGAGUGCGCGAGGUUCUGAGUUAUCUUCAUCGUCAAAAGGAAGUUCGGCAGGGAGUGGAAGAGAUGCUUUACAGAUUAUAUAAGCCCAUCCUUUGGAGAGGAUUAAAGGCCAGAAACUCGGAAGUCCGGUCCAAUGCUGCACUGCUGUUUGUUGAAGCAUUUCCUAUCAGGGAUCCAAACUUUAAUGCCAUUGAGAUGGAUAGCGAAAUUCAGAAACAAUUUGAAGAACUCUAUAGCCUUUUAGAAGAUCCUUAUCCGAUGGUCCGUUCCACAGGGAUCCUUGGUGUUUGUAAAAUAACUUCCAAAUACUGGGAGAUGUUGCCUCCGACCAUUCUUAUUGACCUUCUCAAGAAAGUAACUGAGGAGCUGGCGUUUGACACGAGCUCUGCUGACGUGCGCUGUUCUGUCUUUAAGUGCCUGCCGAUAAUUUUGGAUAAUAAAUUAAGCCACCCGUUAUUAGAGCAACUUCUGCCAGCGUUAAAGUACUGUCUCCAUGACAAUUCGGAGAAAGUGAGAGUGGCUUUUGUUGAUAUGCUGCUGAAAGUUAAGGCUGUGAGGGCUGCUAAGUUUUGGAAAAUAUGCCCCAUGGAGCACAUUCUGGUCCGUCUGGAGUCGGACUCUCUGCCCGUCACUCGGCGCCUGGUGGGCCUUAUCUUCAACUCCUUCCUGCCCGUGAACCAGCCCGAAGAGGUGUGGUGCGAGCGCUGCGUGACGCUGCUGCAGAUGAACCAUGCGGCUGCGCGGAGGUUCUACCAGCACGCGCACGAGCACACGGCCUGUACCAACAUAGCAAAGCUGAUUCAUGUGAUUCGCCACUGCUUGAACGCCUGCAUCCGGAGGGCUCUGAGUGCAUGCGGGGAGGGCAGUGAGGAGCCGGGGAAGGAGAACGUGAGCGCCCUGGACCAAACGCUGUCAAUAAGUGAUACUGCGUCCAUGGCGGGUUUGUUAGAGAUCGUUGUGAUUCUUUGGAGAAGCAUUCACAGGAGUAUGGAGAAUAACAAAGAGGCCAGAGUGUACACCGUUAGCAAGUUCGCCUCUAUGCUGCCAGAGUACAUGAAAGCGUUUAAGGAUGAUCGCUGCAAGACCCCUCUGUCUGUGCUGGCCUCCCUGAUGCCGGCCUCGGCUGUGCCCACCUUCAGCUGUGGUGUGAUUUCCACACUAAGAAACCAAGAGGAAGGAACAGCCGACAAGAGCUACUGUAUUCUGUUAGACUGUCUCUGCUCCUGGGGGCAAGUGGGACACAUCCUGGAGCUUGUCUGUGACUCGCUGCCGGAAGAGCAGCCUCAGAGCAAGGGUAACUCGGCGUCUAAGCGGAAGGUGCGGGUCCAGGACCCGCGCCCAGUCAAACCCGGGCUGGCGCUGGUCUACGUUGAGUACUUGCUGACCCACCCGAAGAAUCGCGAGUGCCUGCUUUCCGCGCCCCAGAAGAAACUGAACCGUCUUUUGAAAGCCCUUGAAACAUCCAAGGUGGAUCUGGAAUCGAUUUUGCAGUCGCCAGGUGGGAGCCCUCACCACCUGAGUGAAGGCACUGCCCUGCGAGCCUUCAGCCUCCACUGUCGGUUGAGUAUCCAUCUUCAGCAUGAGUCCUCCUGCUCAGAAGGCAAAGUUUACCUGUCCACUUUGGAAGACACUGGGUUUUGGUUAGAAAGCAAAGUUUUAUCUUUUAUCCAAGAUCAAGAAGAAGAAUAUCUGAAGCUUCACAGGGUCGUUUAUCAACAGAUUAUCCAGACCUACCUGACUGUAUGCAAGGAUGUCAUUGUGGUCGGCCUUGGUGACUGUAUGUUUCAGACACAGCUUUUACAGCGGAGCCUGGGAAUCAUGCAAACAGUGAAGGGAUUCUUUUAUGUUUCAUUACUUCUUGGCAUUCUGAAAGAGGUAACCAGAAGCUCCUUGACGCAGAAAGCAGAUUCAGAGAAAGACGUCUCCACACUGCUUGAUUUGGUGCAGAAAGUAUUUCAGCAGAUGUUGGAAUGUAUGGCGCGGAGCUUCAGGAAGCAGCCAGAAGAAGGCUUGCAGCUCCUUUAUUCUGUUCAGACCCCUCUUCAUGAAUUUAUCAGCACCGUGCAGUCCUGGCACGUGGACACGCCUGUCCACCGGGGCGUGCUCUCCACUCUGAUUGCCGCGUCCGUGGUCGAGAUAAGUCACCGGCUCCGAAAGGUUUCUGAUACCAAAGAGCUUACUCCCCCAGAGGGUCUUUCAGCCCUUCCACCAUUUUCAAGGUGUUUAAUAGGAAUAAUAAUAAAAUCUCCGAACGUAGUCAGGUCAUUUUUAGAUGAACUGAAGGCAUGUGUUAUUUCUGAGGAUAUUGAAGGCAUCGUGUGUCUCACAGCUGUUAUGCACAUUAUCUUGGUUAUUAAUAAAGGUAAACAUAAGAGUUCAAAAGUGAAGGGUGUUGCAGCUACUGUUCACAGAAAACUAAAGACAUUCAUGGAAAUUACUUUGGAAGAGGAUAGCUUGGAAAGUUUACAAGUAUCCAUGUUGGGAAUGGGAAAGGUCCCUCCAGAGACGGAAGAAACGUGCACUGUUUUCUACUCUCCAGGUUUCUCUAUGAAUCAUCAUCAAGAACUUUGGGAGCACUUUUGAAUUCAUAACCAAGCCAACAUCUUGGUCAUUAAAAAUAGAGAAAAAGGACUUACAGAAAGCGAGAUGGAUGUGUAUUUUCCUAGUGUUUUUUUUUUUUUUUUUUUUUUUGCGGUACGCGGGCCUCUCACUGUCGUGGCCUCUCCCGCUGUGGAGCACAGGCUCCGGACGCGCAGGCUCAGCGGCCAUGGCUCACGGGCCCAGCCGCUCCGCGGCAUGUGGGAUCCUCCCGGACCGGGGCACGAACCCGUGUCCCCUGCAUCGGCAGGCGGACUCCCAACCACUGCGCCACCAGGGAAGCCCUCCUAGUGUUUUUAAUGUCAAUAACCCAUAUAGUAGAGAAGGGGUAGGAUUUAUUUUGGGGUGGGUAUGAGUAGAAAACUCAAAGGUUCUUACAUUUUUGCCCAGCGCCUGCAUAAAUGAUACAUUUAAUGUAACAGGCUCCAGGUAUGAAUGGUGCAGAAACCCACAGAGCAAAGAAAAAAAAAAAAAAGACACCUUUCUAGCAAACCCAGUUGUUUUAAAAAUGACUUUUAUAUAUAAUAUUGCUUGCAAACUAUGAGUAAUAAAGCA